CCAGAGCAGUGUAGUUCGUUUGCGCGGGGGCAAGUUAGUGUGAGCGGCGCACUUCUCCAGGCGGAGGGUGAUGGUUGUGGAGUGAGCGGCUGCGGGGAGUCCUGGAUUGUUCCUUGUGGGGAGGGGGGGACAGAGGCGCCUGGAGCAGCUCGUGCCCAGCUGUGCCAUGUGGCCCCCGAAGUAAUGGACCGGUCCCCUGGUGCCGCUGCAGUAAUGGGCAGCGGCGCUUGCCCUGCUUGGUGCCCGCUCCAGCCUGGCCGGGAUUAACUGUGUGAGGAGCCGCAGGAAGUCUGGCAGUCUGCACAUCACCCUGCGCAUGAGAAGGAAUGACGACUCCAUGAGGGAACUUCUUUUCAAUCACUCAUUCACCCAGUCAUGUUUCAUGAUGCUCCUAGCCAAUAACGUGCCAUUCACCUAGACUGGGAUUUACCCUGUGAAAGGGAGAGAUAGAACAUGAGUCCUAAACAUAACCUCAAGCUCUUUCUUGUGCAUGAUUUUUGGGGUAUUUAUGUGUAAAACCCUGAGCAUUGGGCACAUGCACUGUUAAACCUGCUUUGCUAGAUCCAAGAGCUGCAGCUGUGUGUUGGACUCUGAUAUUUUCUCAUCAUCAUGGCUUCAGUUUGGAAGAGACUGCAGCGUGUUGGGAAACAUGCAUCCAAGUUCCAGUUUGUGGCCUCUUACCAGGAGCUGAUGGUCGAGUGCACCAAGAAAUGGCAACCAGAUAAACUAGUGGUGGUUUGGACAAGAAGAAGCCGAAGGAAAUCUUCUAAGGCCCAUAGCUGGCAACCUGGAAUUAAAAAUCCAUACCGUGGUGUGGUGGUGUGGCCUGUUCCUGAAAACAUUGAAAUCACUGUGACACUUUUUAAGGAUCCCCAUGCUGAAGAAUUUGAAGACAAAGAGUGGACUUUUGUCAUAGAGAAUGAAUCACUUUCUGGACGCAGAAAAGCACUUGCCACCAGCAGCAUCAACAUGAAGCAAUAUGCAAGCCCCAUGCCUACACAGACAGAUGUCAAGUUAAAAUUCAAGCCUUUGUCUAAGAAAGUUGUAUCUGCCACCCUUCAGUUCUCAUUAUCGUGUAUUUUCCUGAGGGAAGGAAAAGCUACAGAUGAAGACAUGCAAAGCCUGGCUAGUUUGAUGAGUAUGAAGCAAGCCGACAUUGGAAAUUUAGAUGAUUUUGAGGAAGACAAUGAAGAAGAUGAAGAGAACAGAGUGAAUCAGGAGGAAAAGGCUGCAAAAAUUACAGAAAUUGUAAACCAGUUGAAUGCUCUGAGCAGCUUAGAUGACGAUCAAGAUGACUGCAUAAAGCAAGCAAAUAUGCCUUCAGCUAAAUCAGCCAGUUCCUCUGAAGAGCUUAUCAACAAGCUUAAUUUUUUGGAUGAAGAGGAGCAAGACUUAGCCAAUUCCAGUUCGAAUCCAUUUGAAGAUCCUGAUGCAGCAGAAUUAAACCCAUUUGAAGAUCCUGAUGCAGAAGACCACGUUACUGAAACAGCUUCAUCUUCAAAACCAGAAGACUCUUAUUAUAGCGAUAAUUAUAAUCCCUUUAAAGAGGAAGGUGCUCCACAGUACUUGAACCCAUUUGAUGAGCCAGAUCCUGAACCUGAAAUGUUUGUAACUGUCAAAGAUUUUCCUCCACAACCUGCCAAAAGGAAAAAUGUAAGACCGGUGGACAUGAGUAAAUACCUCUAUGCAGAUACUUCUAAAACUGAAGAGGAAGAGUUAGAUGAACAGCUCAACAAGGUUGUCAGCAAAAUUAGAACAAUUGGCAGAUCAAAUCCAUUUUAUGAACCAAAAUCAAGCCCUGCUUUAAAUAUUCAAGUUACUCCACUGCAAGAAGCAGAAAAGAUGAAAAGAAAAGCUCCUGCACCACCAGUCUUCUCACCAAAGACGGAGCCAGGAAUGAGUGAGAAUAUGUCAGCUGUUCCUGCAGUGAAGGAGCUUUCUUCUUCUCCUAAGCCAAGCCCAGUACCAAGUCCUGUUUUGGGGAGAAAGCCAAAUGCUAGUCAGUCACUGCUUGUAUGGUGCAAAGAAGUUACAAAAAACUAUAGGGGAGUGAAAAUCACCAAUUUUACUACAUCAUGGAGAAAUGGUUUAUCUUUCUGUGCAAUAUUACACCACUUUAGGCCAGAUUUAAUUGACUACAAGUCCCUGAAUCCUCAAGAUAUUAAAGAGAACAACAAAAAGGCAUAUGAUGGGUUUGCCAGUAUAGGAAUAUCCCGAUUGCUGGAACCUUCUGACAUGGUUUUGUUAGCAAUUCCUGACAAACUGACCGUUAUGACUUAUCUCUAUCAAAUAAGGGCACAUUUCAGUGGCCAAGAACUAAAUGUGGUUCAGAUAGAGGAGAACAGUAGUAAAAGCACAUAUAAAGUAGGUAACUAUGAAACGGACACAAACAGUUCUGUCGAUCAGGAAAAGUUCUAUGCAGAGCUUAAUGAUCUGAACCGAGAGCCUGAAUUGCCCCAGCCUGAAAGUGGUUUGGCAGACUUCGUUUCACAGGAUGACUCUGUAUUUGUAAAUGACAGUGGUGUUGGAGAAUCAGAAAGCGAGCAUCAGACACCUGAUGACCAUUUAACCCCAAGCACAGCUUCCCCUUCUUCUCGCAGGACUCAAAGUGACACUGAUCCACAGAAAUCCCAGCAGAGCUCUGGAGGGACUUCUGGAUCUGAAGAGGCCAGGAAAUGCGGCAGUGCAGAUACAGCACAGGCACAGCCUUUGCUGGGAAGGAAGAAGCUGCUGAAAGUCGACACUUUGGACUUGAGUGACUUGCCACAUGUCAGUGAUCAAAAAAAGGAUGAAUCUCCAACCGUUGUUCGUGAAGACGCUGACAAGAAAAGACACCAGAGUUCAGACAGUACCAUUAGUUUCUCAGAGCAAGAAAAACUGCGACAUACAGGAUCCACAGAGAGCAGGAGAUCAGAUCCUUGCUCACCUGUCAAAAAAACCAGUUUAUCUCCCACUUCUGAAGUUGGAUACUCUUAUAACAAGGAUGCAGAUCUUACAAAGAAAAAAUCUGCUUCUCUGAAGCCAAUAGAGACCGAUUCUGACACUGACACCAGAACAGUUAUAAAUCACACAGAUCAAACUGCAAAAACUGCACAGCAACGAAUAUUGUCAAGACAAGAAGAACUUAAAGAACGAGCAAGAGUUCUUCUUGAGCAAGCAAGAAGAGAUGCAGCUUUAAAGGCAGGAAAUAAACAGAUAACCAGUACUAUCACCCCAGCCCACGCUAAGCAGCUGAGCGAUCAGCAAGAUGAAGAGCGACGUCGGCAGCUGAGAGAGCGAGCUCGUCAACUAAUAGCAGAAGCUCGAUCUGGAGUGAAGAUGUCAGAACUUCCUGCCUACACUGAAAUGGCUGCAGAAAAGUUGAAAGAAAGGUCAAAGGCGUCUGGAGAUGAGGAUGUUAAUACUGAGAUAAAUACUAAUGAGGAGAUUCCUGAAUGCUCUAUUACAGAAGGUGGAGAUGAAUUUACUAACCUAGAAAAUGACCUUGAUUCUACUGCAGAACAAAACAGUAAGUUGGUGGAUUUGAAGCUGAAGAAGCUCCUAGAAGCUCAGCCACAGGUGGCAAAUUCACUCUCCAGUGCUGCUCAGAAAGCUGUAACUGAUAGCUCAGAGCAAGACAUUAAGAAUGGAACAGAAGAACAUCGUGCUGAGCGAUUACAAAAAGCAACAGAACGUUUUAGAAAUCCUGUUGUGUUCAGCAAGGACUCUACAGUCAGAAAAACUCAGCUCCAGUCUUUCAGUCAAUAUGUUGAGAACCGACCAGAGAUGAAAAGGCAAAGAUCAAUACAGGAAGAUACAAAGAGAGGAAAUGAGGAGAAGGCAGCGAUAACUGAAACUCAGAGGAAGCCAUCAGAAGAUGAAGUGCUUAAUAAAGGGUUCAAAGACACCAGUCAGUACGUUGUAGGAGAAUUGGCAGCACUAGAGAAUGAGCAAAAGCAAAUUGACACCCGUGCCGCGCUGGUGGAGAAGCGCCUUCGCUAUCUCAUGGACACAGGAAGGAACACAGAAGAAGAAGAAGCUAUGAUGCAGGAAUGGUUCAUGUUGGUUAAUAAGAAAAAUGCCUUAAUAAGAAGAAUGAAUCAGCUUUCUCUUCUGGAAAAAGAACAUGACCUAGAAAGGAGGUACGAACUGCUGAACCGAGAGCUAAGAGCAAUGCUUGCUAUCGAAGAUUGGCAAAAGAAUGAAGCCCAGAAAAGGCGAGAGCAGCUUUUGCUGGAUGAACUUGUAAUUCUCGUUAAUAAACGUGAUGCCCUGGUCAGAGAUUUGGACGCCCAAGAAAAACAGGCCGAAGAAGAAGAUGAACAUUUGGAAAGAACUCUUGAACAAAACAAAGGCAAGAUGGCCAAGAAGGAAGAGAAAUGUGUCCUUCAGUGACUGGCCUUCCUGGAGCAGAUGCAGUUGCAUUUUGUAGUCCAGACCUUUCUUAUAUUUUUAAAAUACUGACCCCAAGACUGAAAAAAAAAUAUUACCAUUCAAUAUUUCAAACAAAAUUAAAACGUUUGCCCUUUUGUUAGGCCAGCUCUAUACUGCAUUAUUUUCUGGAUUUCUUAUUUUUUUCCACUCAAGCAAUAUUGUCCCAAACUAGCUUUGUACUAUGAUUUAUUUGUGAGCUUAGUUGUCAUGUUGAAAUUCUGUUAAAUACAUUUGCACAAAAACAUUGUUGUGGUGGUGAUAUCAGAAAUAUUUAAGAGAAAAAAAUCUGUCUGGAUUUCUUUAGCUGGAGGAAGAAUGAAUUCUGAAAUAAAUAUGUUUUUGUUGUAAUAGAAUUAUAGAGGGAAAAAUAGAAAACAAAAAUCAUUCUGAAUGGUUUCAUCUAGUCCUGCCAUAUGUAAUACUUAAUAAGCUAUCUAAAUUUUAUAGUUACAUGUGAUUCAAUCCAGUUAUUAAAAUGUGCUAUAUUUACCAGUGUUUAUUUCUGCAGCGUUUUACAUUUUAUUGUAUGUAUAAUAUAAAUUAAGACUGUCUGAUUUGCUCAGAGACUAGUUCUUUAACAUAUGGUUUGAAAAAGAGCCUUGUGUUCUGAAGAUGUGACGUGAGAUGGGGCUAAUUGAAGUGCAUCAGUUUACAGAAACAUUUUGUCAUUAAAGGCUAUGCCAUUUUUUGUAAUUAUUUAUUACAUCUAGUUUUGUUCCCUUCUCCAUUUUGUUGAACCUCUGCAUUGGCUCCAGAACGCUGUUCAUAUUUAUUCUGUACCUAUUAAAGUCUGUUGUGCCAUUGUGUGCAAACCCCCUCCCAAUUCAUGUUCCCUCCGCUUACAUCGCGCUCAUUUUUGUGACAACUGUUUAUUUAUUACAAGACUGAGUCAUAUAUAAAUUUCCAAUAAAAGCCGAAUCUUUCUUA